AUGGCCAAUUCUAGUUCAUCGUCACUAUCGCAAGCCGUCCAGCAUUUGCUCGAGCGCUUCUACGACCCACUGUCGAGCAAUGAGGAAAAGCAUGCCAUCGAUUUGAAGCUGCAGGAUCUGCAAAACACAUCAUUCAACUGGCGCAUCAGCUUGCAGUACAUGGAUACGAUAGACAAUUCUUAUUUGUGGUUUUUUGCGGCCAGCACCAUCGAGCGGACGGUGAACCUUAUGUGGCAAAAUCUUAACCCCGCCGAUCAACAGCAGCUUCGCAUAGGACUGCACACGCUGUACGAAAACUAUCCGUGCGACGUACCGGCCCUGCAGCGUGACAAAGUGGCUAAGAUUAUAGCGACGAUUGCACGCCAGCAAUGCAGCGAUAGCCCUGGCGACGGCUCGCAUUACGGGUCGUUUGUGGACAGCGUGCUGAGGCUGAUGGAGCACAAGUUUUUCCUUGGACUGGCACUGGUCGGUGCCAUAGGUGAUACAGUCACAGCAAAGGAGGACUCGCAAACCUCUAUCUUCGGCCAAAUUGUGAACAGCUACACCCCAUCAAUUAUGCAGGCGCUCAACACGUACUGUGCCAGCUUUGUCUUGCUGGUGCGGGGUGACAACAGUCAAACCAUCUUCGACUCCAUCAACGCAGAGCGCAAAAAUCAAUACUGCACCUAUCUGCUGAACGUUAUUCAGCAGUAUUUCAGCUGGAUGAAGCUGGACCGGCUGGAACCAGUGCUGGUGGGUAAUAUCACAAUUAUUGCCUGCUCCUGGAGUGCUAUGCAUGACGCCUCGAUCAGUGCACUCGGUUCGCUGACCGAACUGCUGUAUCGCAACGAAACCCUACCGCAAGAGACAGGCGGCCACUUUGCAAAUAGCGUGAACCAUAUCUUAACGCAAAGCACAUUAAAACUGGCCGAUGAUUUGUAUCAGGAGAAGGUGUGCGAUCUGCUCCGGCAGUACGUUAAGCGCGGUUUUCCAUACGAGCAGGAGAACCGGACUCGUGUGUUGUACCAUCUGCUGGAAUUUACACUGCUGGCGAAAACACCACACGCCCUGAUGGAUCGCAUCAACAUUUGGUCGCACUUGUGUGGUUCACGGAGCGCAGAGGAUACCGAGUUGGAUCAUUGUCUGGUGCUUACGGAAGUUGCGCCCGAAGUUGCGCACCGACUGAGCGGCUAUCUGAGGCAAACACUUUUCAUCUCCACCUAUCCGGACCUAGAAACACUGGACAUCUCGGAAUUGGAUGAGAGUGACGAAACGGAGCUAACCCGAUUCCAAAAUCAAAGCAUCGAUCUGAUUUGCGAGCUGGCACGAUUCCAGGAGCCAAAGGAGGCGGAAGCAACACUGCUUUCGCUUCUGCAUAAUGGUUUGUCCAGCCCGUACGUGGACGGUUACAUGUUUUUCAGUGGCAUGGUACAAUUGAUGCAUGGCAACAGGGAGUUGCUGUCGAAAUACUUAGACGAACGGAAGACACACAUCUGCAUGAUUGAUUACUUGACUGCCUGCAAACUAGUAAUGGAACUAGCGACGAUACUGUGCUGCAAACAGCAGAAGGUCGGCAUGGCGUUGCAGCAGAUUACAAGCGCUCACAUCCAGGUGUUCGUGGAGAUUAAUGACAAUGUGGAUCUCUUCACUGAGCUGUUGUGCCAAGUACUUCCGUCGUACAAUUAUGUGCUAUUAGGAUUAUCUCAAUACAUUUUUCAGAUCAAAAGAUAUCUCCAGAUGGACAUCGUCAAUGAUCAGCAUGUCCGCAAAAUAUACACCAUUAUUCCGCACGAGCAAAAGUCAUUGCUGCUGACCAAACUUCCGCUAUUCAUACUGCAUCAAAACAACUGCAAUUCCGAUUACUGGAACCGCGUUACUUACGCUACGGUGUUGUUGCUUCAGUUGUUCGUGUCCGACCAGAUUCUGGGACCAUCAACAUGUUCGGUGGUGUUGGACGUACUGCGCGGCGGCAUAAUGAAGUCGAGAUUGUUGCACCUGCGUGAGAACACUCGCAGCAUGUUGCAUAAGACCGUUUUCACGUGCUUGACCAUGGUGUGCAAAGAGAACGGUGCGAUGCCACCGUUGUUGAUGGAGCAGUACCUUUGUUCCAUCGGCAGGGUAGUGAUGGAUUUGCAACCGGACAUCUAUCACGUGUUGCCGGUCAGCGAGAAGAACAAGACUAUAGUCGCGCUGACAGAAGAGCUGCAGCAGCUCACGUGCAUUAUGAUUGCCUUCGACGAGGAAACGAGUGCCGCCCGUUUGCGCUUUGCGAGCGCAAUAAAUCCCAUAAUCGAAAAGGUCAUUAAACUGUUUUGCUCUACCCUGUCGAUUUCGAUCUGGGUAAGGAAAGAACCGAACAACUGCCGGUUGUUCGAUGUGCUGCUGGAAUUUUGCAACUGGUCCGUCCGUACGGCACUAUCCCGUACCGAUGUGUCCAUUCUGAAGGAGAUGAUAACGCUGCUGCUUCAGAUGUUUGAGACCGAAAAGAAAUUGGGCGGGGGCCGGUUGGGCUCCGUACUGACACUGCUUAAUAUUUUUCGCCGAAUGGUAAACGAUCCACACAAUCGGUCGACCAUGCCGGAAAUUGUACGCAUCAUCCUUAAUGAAUUUUUGCCGAUGGUCGCGAGCGACGAGCAUUUCAGGGAAAACAAAGAUGCAUCGCUGCGGUACGAGGACGUGCUGAACCGGUUAUACGAGGUACUGCACGAUUUGCUGCACCAUCGCUGGCAGUACUUUGUGGAUACGAAUUUGUGUGCACGGGCAGAAUCCGGGCAGCCGGAUGGACGCUCGAUCGUGCAACCGGAAGCAUUCGCUGCCAUCAUGAACGCGUACGGGUACGCGCUGAUCAACAACCGCGAAUAUCCGACCGUCAUCAAAACGGUGCUCGGUUCGCUCGAACUGCUGCACAUGCGGCGCAAUCUGUUCCGUUUGCCGCUGUUCAUCGACCAGCUGAUGAACCAUUUCAUCAAAUCGCUGCUAAUGCUGGCCUUGUCGCACGUUGGCAACAUGCAUAUGGAGCAGAUUGUCAUGGUGCUGUACAAGAUGGCGGACGUUGAUCAGAUACGCUUCAAAGUGACCAUGUGCGAUCUGGGGCUGGCCAUCGAUCUAACAACGUUCCACAUGCUCAACUCUGCCCAGGACAUGCCAUCAUUCCAGCUGGUUAUUAAGAAAAUCAUCAAUGAAAUCAAAGUGCAUCCAGCGAACUAA